AGACACCACAGAUGUAGACGGAGCUGUAACUGUGAUUGGCUCUCAGGUGUCUGUUUUGGUUUUUGGUGAAUAGUCAGUGCACAGUCUGUUUGUUCGUUAAUAAUACGUCUUUUGAAAUAUAAUACAACACAGCAUUAACGAUACGAUAACCAUAAAACAACAUCUUUGAUAAAAGCCAUUAGAAAAGUAUACAAUCGGUAGAUAACCUGAAUGUUGAUCCCGAAACACGAUGGUGUUCAUAUGUUGUGCAUAUAACUGUAAAAACACUGCUGCGAGGAACAAGAGCGUCUCAUUCCACAAAUUCCCGCUGAAAGAUCCCAACUUACUGAAAAAGUGGCUUAAAAAUUUAAGAUGGAAAGACUGGAAACCUGCUCCCAAUAGUAAAAUUUGCUCUAUCCACUUUGAAAAGAAGUGUUUUAUUGUAGAGGGGAAGAGAACAAGACUUCAUUCAUGGGCUGUGCCGACCAUCUUUUCAUUCCCAAACCGUUAUCUAGAAAGAAAGGUUCAAAUCAACCCCAGAAGCAGAAGAGCUUUGGGAAAUGUUGGUGACUCAAAAUCCUCCCUUCAAGCAGCACCUGAUAUGACAGCAGAAACCUCACAGACGUCUGACUCAGAAAAGCCUGAGCACAGAACUACAGACAUGAGUUUACACCCGAAUGAUACAGAAAAUAAUUCCAGCCAGAUGAGAGCAGACCCACAGAGUGUUUACACACAGCGGCUGACUGAAACAGAAAAAAGCCCACCAUGGACCAUCAUGGGUGAUGAAGCUCUGGACAGAAGCAUGACUAUACCCAGUUUCUUUCACAGUGGAUACUGUUUGCCCAAUAACAUUCGCUGGACUGGAGAUGAUGAAUUAAAUAUUAUGCCUCAUGUGGCUUAUGGCGUUCUUGGACAAACAAAACCCCACAUAAUCGAGGUUAAAGAGAGGUGGGAAUGGCUUGGGCUGGAUGUUAGAGGCCCGUUCUCUCCGACAGUAGACAAGCACACGCACAUCAUGACUCUGACUGACUACCAUUCCAAAUGGGUGGAAGCUUUUCCUCUGACUCAGAAACUCAGUCAGGAUGUGGCCCAGUGUCUUGCUGAAGUCAUCAGUCAGCAAGGAUACCCUCUCGGAAUUCUCUCCCGGCUUCCCAGGCGGAUCCUCUUGGAAAUUAAUCGUGAGUUGAAGAAACGGCUGCGAUUGAAUGCAAACGCCUUGGUGAUACACCACCGUCAAACUGGUUACAUGGACUUGGUCACUGAAUCACUUCUUAAUGAGAUGCUGGAUGAGCUAGUGAAGAAACACAGCAGCAUCUGGCACAUCCACCUCCCUGCUGCCACUCUGCGCCUCUGCUGCACGAAUCACCCCGCUACCAAAGAGAAACCCUUCACCCGCAUGUAUGCCAGUGACCCGCCAUUCUCGUCAUCACCCAGAGAACUGCCUUACAGUGCUACUGAUAUUCGCUUGAGUUCUUUUGUUAUCCCAACCACUGAAGCCAAUAAUCUAGGAGCUGUGUCAGAAACUUAGGUGCACUGCUUGAGGGAUCAGAUUUUUUCCAAGUAAAGGAAAUAAAAGUUUUGUCAUGUUUAUAUGACCUCAUGUUUUUUUCAUGUACAUAGACUGUAAGUAGAGAAGCAAGUUUGCACUGUUGCCUUGUACAAAUAUUAUAAAGAAAUAAAAUUAUUUAAAAAAAAAGAAGCAGCA